CUCACCAUUUCUCAUGCUAAUCUUACUGGGUUUCUCCCGAGACACCUGCAUUUGAAUCUUUCCCACAUCGAUUUAUCUGGUAAUCAGAUAAGGGGAAAGGUACCCACUUCGCUUACUCUGCUCGCGAAUCUUGAACUCCUGAAUCUUUCCUCAAAUGGGUUGACUGGGGAGAUACCCACUGAAUUUGGGGACCUGAUAUCCCUAAAAAAUGUGUCUUUAGCUUCCAAUUCCUUUUCUGGGUCAAUACCGGAUUCAAUGUCUGCGAUUCCUGGUCUGGUUCAUGUUGAUCUGAGUGGGAACCAGCUGAACGGAACAGUGCCGAAUUUCUUCUCCAAGAUGAAGGGAUUGAAAGUUUUGAAUUUGGAGAACAAUGCACUUCAUGGGGUUUUGCCAUUCAAUGCUAGUUUCAUCCAGAGAUUGGCUGUGUUCAAGAUUGGGGGGAAUUCCAAUUUAUGUUACAACCAUUCUGUUUUUUCAUCAAAAAUGAAGCUUGGAAUUGCUCCUUGUGACAAACAUGGGUUGCCCAUGUCGCCUCCGCCGGCCAAAGAUGUGUCUUCCGGUGACAGUAGUGAGAAUGACUCAUCAGACUACGAUGACAGUUCAGAUGGCACAAGUCAAAAGAAGGAGCAUCAUCAUGGACCAAGUAAGGUUGUUCUUGGUGUGGCAAUUGGGUUAUCUUCUAUUGUAUUUCUCAUUAUUUUCUUGAUUCUUCUCUCAAAAUGGUGUGGUUGAGGCAAAAACCCUGUUGCUUAUUAGUUAAAUUUUCCAAUUAGGGGGGGAAUUUGGUAAUUAGAGUUGAAUUUUGGUUAAUUCAUUAUUGAUACACUUGAUUAUGAAAAGUGGCAGCUGUAGAGGGAGAGAAGAGUGACAAAUUGGAAUCAUUAAAUUGGUGUGUGAUAUUAUUUUUGAUGCUUUAGAUCAUGGAAUGAAGAAAAGGCAGUCUUUCGAUUUAUGUGUGUCACCAUUUUGAGAUGUAUUAGGGUCUACUAAUCCAAAAAGCGGUUGAUUUGUCAGUCACUAUUCUUAAAAAAUGUGUAAUUUUCUUGUGCUACAAGCAUUCACUUCUUUUGCACUUUUUCAUAAAUUAGCUUAUCUACU